AGAUACGAAAGCAAACCACUUUCAUUCCUGAAACAGAUAUUUUUCUAUUAUAAGAAAAGAGAAAUCCAAAAUUAUUUACUGGGCGAAGCAAUUAAAUUCGAAACGUUGAAAUUAUUUAGCAAAAUAAAAACUAACGUAUAAUGGUAUCUGUUCUAAUUUUGUGAGGGACGGAAUCUACAUAGGAAACAUGUUGUUUGGUUCUUUUGUACUUGGUUGUUGCCGGCUAUCGAAGAGUCUCCACGGAGAGAUUUUUCGCAAGGCAACAUCAGGUUAAAUUUGUUGUCACCAUCAACAACAUCAACAUCUAUGUAAACAAGCUUUUCUUCAUUUCUAUACCUUUCUCUUUCCCUUCCGGUCUCUCUCUCGCUUCCUCUGACCUAAGCCCUCAAUUCCUGAGACCAUUCUUAAUUUCCAAUCUAUUUCCUCGGUUCCACCACCGCUUCACUUCUACUGGGUUUAUAAGUACCCAGAUUUCUGGAGCAAAUGGAAAACGGGGAAGCCACCAGCUUGGUGGAAGAGAGGAUAAUGCAGGAAAUUGAGAUACCCAUUGCAUCUGAAAGACUUGAUGUUCUUCCUAUGAAGGCAGAGUCAUCGUGCUGUUCUGGCUGUCCUUUUUCUGGACAUGAAAAUAGUGUUGUGACAUCAAAAGAGUCUUCGAAGUCGGCAAAGAAACUUUGUGGUCUUAUUGUUUUCUAUGGAAUUGUCAUGGUUGUGGAACUUAUUGGUGGAAUAAAAGCUCACAGCCUAGCUGUCAUUGGUGAUGCAGCACACUUGCUUUCUGAUAUUACUGGAUUCUCUAUCUCUCUCUUUGCAGUGUGGGCUUCAGGUUGGGAGGCAACACCACAUCAAUCUUUCGGAUACAAUCGUCUCGAGGUUUUGGGGGCUCUUAUAUCUGUUCAGUUAAUCUGGUUGAUAUCUGGUUAUUUGAUAUAUGAAGCAGUUGGUAGAAUUCUUCUACAAGAGGCCAGUGUGAAUGGAAAGGUCAUGCUUGCAAUUGCAACAUUUGGGUUUGUUCUUAACUUUAUCAUGGUUGCAUGGAUUGGUCAUGAUCACGGUCAUCAUCAUCAUCAUCAUCAUCAUCAUCAUCAUCAUCAUGGUUGUGAAGACUCUGGUCAUGAUCAUAGUCAUCAUCACUGCCACACAGACCAUGAUCAUGGCAAUAAGGAGCUAUCUAUGAUAAGUGAUGAGGAGAGUGUUACCCUGGUUUCAAGUAAUCACAGAAAUACAAAUGUCUUGAACCUAAAUCUUCAGGGGGCGUAUUUGCAUGUCAUGGCUGAUAUGAUUCAAUCUGUUGGAGUGAUGAUUGCCGGAGCCAUAAUAUGGGCUGAACCUAAGUGGUUUAUAGUAGAUCUUGUGUGCACUCUUGUAUUCUCUGUUUUAUCUUUAAGUGCUACCCUUCCCAUGCUUAGGAAUAUUUAUGGCAUUCUCAUGGAAGGGACCCCAAGUGAGAUAGAUAUCAGCAAGCUGGAAAAUGGCAUUAGAAAUAUCAAGGGAGUGCAGGAUGUUCAUGACUUGCACAUUUGGGCUAUAACUGUUGGAAAACUUGUUCUUUCUUGCCAUGUAGUGGCUGAACCUGGCAUAAGUUCCAUUGAUUUACUAGGCGUGAUUAAACAUUACUGUGAAAAAACAUAUCAAAUACAGCAUGUAACCAUACAAAUUGAGUAAGGCAAAUAUUUUUCCUCUCCUU